AUGGUUGCCGCAGACGGACAUUUUGAUCAUCAGCAUUUGGUACCGAAUCCCGGGCUCGACCACACGUCAUCGCCUAAGAUGAAGUCGGAACCUGGUGUUUCCGAUGCUGGUGAUCAAGCUGUCCUUGCAUACCCCCCUCAUGGUCCGCUCGGCCAGGUGCCGAACAUGGCCCAUGAUAUGCGCUAUGCACACCAGGCACACCCGGGGCCGGGGCUGCCCCUUUUGCAGAAUCCUUUUGUUCCUGGGGCCUAUGCCGGUAAUGCUCAAAUACCGAACGCCGGUGCCCCUCAAGGGAGGCCGGAUCCUCCUCCCAAAACCUUCCACUGUGGUACUUGCGGUAAAGGAUUCGCCCGCCGCAGUGAUCUUGCAAGACACGAACGCAUUCACUCCGGUAUCAGACCUCAUGCUUGUGACUGGCCUGGCUGUGGCAAACAAUUCAUCCAACGUUCAGCUCUGACGGUGCACUCCCGAGUCCACACUGGAGAGAAGCCUCAUAUGUGCGAGAGAUGUGGCAAGCCUUUCAGUGAUUCGUCCUCCCUAGCGCGGCACCGCAGAAUCCAUUCUGGGAAGCGUCCCUACAAGUGUCCGUAUGCGAACUGCCAGAAGACAUUUACUCGUCGCACUACCUUGACACGCCAUCAGAAUCACCACACGGGUACAAUCGAGGAAGCCGCUGCAGAAACCGAGGCCAAUCUGAGGCAAAACAAGGAGAGAGCGAGAAUGCCUGGUGAUAUGUUCUCCGAGCAUGGCUCUGUCCAUUCUACCCCCUCUCCGGCACACCAUCCUAUCUCUCCAGCUGGCGAUCUCCCUCCCUUGAAUAUGCCUCGCUCCGACUACUACAUGCCGAAUGGAUCGAUUCCACCCCAUGUUCGCGGCGGUUUCACGCAGGCUAGUCCCCGGGCGUCCCCGACCGCCACGUCCCCAUCGUUGUCUAGUUAUGGUAGCGCUCCGCACCCCCGUCCAUCGAUGACUUCCCAUCCGUCUGGGUACGGUCCUCCGCAGCCUCUUGAGCCGCCCGCCAACAACGACCACCGGCCCAAUAGCGUUAGCGGAAGCCCGCACAUGACCAGCCUGGGUUGGCCUUCUCCUUCGCAUGCCAGCAUCCCGUCGCCUGGCUCCGCAACCGAUUUCUAUCCUGAAACUAGCGGGCCCGCAUAUCCGAGCGCCAUGCCCCCUCACAUGUACUUCCCCAACUCCACCAUCCGGCGGCCCACGAGCACUGAACCGGAUAGCUAUGACCUGAAGCACAAGAUGGAGAGCGCAUGGUCGACUCCGGUCUAA